GUGGCGGAGUCUGAUUAGGGAGAGAGAUCUUAGGCUUUUGCAAUGGCUGUGGAUGAUUGUGGAGCUUUCAUAGAGAAAUUUCUCCUGCAGAUGAGCUCUCCCUCCGAUCAACUUCCCUUAAGUGGUCUCACUUUUGCCGUUAAAGACAUAUUUGAUAUAGAAGGGUAUGUAGCUGGUUUUGGAAAUCCUGAAUGGCUAAGGACUCACCCACCUGCCAAUCAAACGGCGCCAGCUGUGUUGACUAUCCUAAGAGGAGGGGCCACCUGCAUUGGCAAGACUAUGAUGGAUGAAAUGGCCUUUAGUAUAAAUGGGGAAAACUUUCACUAUGGCACACCCCAAAACCCAUGUGCAUCAGGUCGGAUACCUGGAGGAUCUUCCAGUGGUUCUGGUGUUGCUGUUGCUGCAAAGCUUGUGGAUUUCUCCUUAGGAACCGAUACCGGAGGUAGUGUAAGAGUGCCUGCAUCCUACUGUGGAGUUCUCGGAUUCCGGCCUUCACAUGGUGUGGUCUCUACAUCUGGAGUAAUACCGAUGACACAGAGCUUUGAUACAGUAGGUUGGUUCGCCAGAGAUUCUGCCAUAUUAAAGAGAGUAGGUUGGCUGCUGCUGCAUGAGCCAGAGGUUGAGCAUUACAAGCCUACGAAGGUGUUCAUUGCAGAAGAUUGUUUCAAGCUCCUCUCAAGCAUUACUAGUGAACGGUUGACACAAGCUUUUGUUAGUUCAGUUGAGAAGUUAUUUGGUGGCCAUCUUAUUAAACAAAUUAGCCUUGGAAAGUAUGUCGAGGAUAAGGUUCCAAGUUUGAAGCAUUUCACGAUUGAAGAAAAUGAUGGCUAUAAGCAUAGCAUACCAUCCUUGGCAGCCCUUGUAAGAUCUAAGCGAUUGCUUCAGAGGCAUGAAUUUAAAAUCAAUCACGGAGAAUGGGUUGGGUCCUACAGUUCUCAUUUGGGUCCAGGAAUAUCAGAACAAAUAUUAGAAUUCAUCAGGGAGGCAACAGAUGAAAAUAUUGAUCUGAGUCGCUCCAUUCAAAUCGAACUGCGCGAAGUUCUUGCUGCUCUUCUUGAAGAUUUUGGAGUACUUGCUAUUCCUACAGUCCCAGGCCCUCCUCCAAAACUAAACACAGACAUCUCGGAGCAAUUCGACUUUCGUGCGAAGGCUUUCAGCUUGCUCACCAUUGCUGCUGUCUCUGGAGUCUGCCAGGUUAGCAUACCUCUAGGGUUGUACAAUGGUCUUCCUGUAUCAAUAUCUUUGCUAGCAAAACAUGGCUCAGAUGGAUUUUUGCUCAAUCUUGUUGAUUGUCUUUACAGCACUCUAAAAGAAGAAGUUGAGGCAAUCUACUAAAAAGUAGAAAAGAAUGCUAAAAUACCUUGAUAUUUGAAAUUGGCUAUCCUUUUUUCAGAUAAUUGGAAGAGUGAAAACAAUGAGAUAUUUUAUCUUUCAUUGUUUCUUGUAUUCUUUGUAUCUCGAUAACGAUUUGGAUAAGAAUUCUAUUUUC